CUUCAAUUACGUCUAAUUAUCAAAUAAGUAUGAAUUCUGAUGAAUUUCUGAAGAAUAAGCUCUUAUUGAUACUCUUCUAAUACGAUCACGUGCUUUUGUUUAUAUCUACUUCAUCACAUAGAAUUAUUCGUUAAUUAUUACUAAUGUCGCAACGAAUGUUUGCGAUUGAUCCUCUAAAUAAUAGCUGUUCGUAGGUGAAGUAAAAGUUCUAUUAUCAUAAUUCACACGUGCGUUCGCCUUGCAAAAUUAAAAAAGGUAUGAACGGUCCUUGCGGCUCUCUUUAGUACUAAACUCAAUUGUUGUUGAAGUACUCAGAAAGGACCAAAACGUCAUGAGCUUCGUUUGCAAUUAAGGUCGAUAAAUUUAGAUGUCUUUUAAUCCGGUAACCACAAGGUGCAAGGUAAAUCGACUAUACAUGAAGCACCCUUCUAUGGUGUAACUCGCUUAUAAGGUAUAUCUCUCCAACAAAAUUUUGAUUUGAUACUUCAACAUGUAUCAAAGGUGUAGAAGCUUCAGCUUCGAUGUGCUGAGAUUGCAAGCUUCGUAUAUACAAUCGAGGUACAACAGCACGCUAUCAAAAGUCGAAGCGAAGCAGAGGAGAAAUUUCCUGUUCGACGAGGAGAAAAAGAAGUAUAAGAAUAGCUUAGGAAGGAUAGAAAAGAUAGAAGUUAUUUAUCAGUCUCCCGUAGAGGAAAUUGUUCUUGUAAUGAACAAAUGUUUGUCGACUCCGGCCGAUUGCGCGAAGCACAUCACGGAAGGUGUCGUGAAAGUGUCCGCUUUAGCUCUAGUCGACGACACACCAUGGGACAUGCACAGACCUUUAGUAUCUAAUUGCAAAUUGAAGUUGCUAAAUUUGCAGAGUCCGCCUGAUCAAAUAGUGAACAAAGCGUUUUGGCGAACUUGUUCGUUCCUGUUAGGUGCUAUGAUAGAGUCUUCGUUUAAACCAGAAAUAGGGGUUCACUUGCACAGUUUCCCAGUGCCGCGCAUAUCGUCCGGGAGUUUUAUAUACGACGUACAUCUCGAGUUACCCGAUUGGAAACCCGUGGAUCAGGAACUGCGUGCUAUGUCCGCUCAAUUCAUGAAGUUGGCGAAUCAAGAGCUACCUAUCGAGAGGAUACAGACCACGAAAAACAUCGCGUUGGAAAUGUUUCAAGAAAAUCCGUUCAAGUCUCGACAAAUACCAGAGAUCGCGAAACUCAACGACGAUAUAAUUACAUUGUAUAGAGUAGGCGAUCACAUAGAUAUCAGUAAAGGGCCGAUGGUAGGGAAUACCAAUUUAGUGGGGCGUUGCACGGUCGCUGCUGUCCACAAGCUAACGGAUUCGGAUAAUUUAUACAGAUUCCAAGGCGUGGCGCUUCCGAAAGGAAUCCUUCUGAAUCACUUCGCGUACCAGGUUUUGGAAGCUCGCGCUAGAAAGUUCAACGAGUCGUCGUGGAUGACUCAACAGGAUAACAUAGAAGCUCCUGUAAAAAUGUCUGUCACGAAUUAAUUUUUUAUAUCUCGAAACUAUAGUGUAAAUAAAAAUAUGUACUCGGCA